AGGCCGGCGCGGCGGCCUUUCGGGAGCCGCCAUUCCGCGGGCUGGUCGCGGCUCAGCUCCUCGCUCGGGUGCGGCCGCGUCUCCCCUCGCCCCGCCGCCCCCCGCCCCCCGGGCGCCGGCCUCGCCAUGCAGAUCUUCGUGAAGACCCUCACGGGGAAGACCAUCACCCUCGAGGUUGAGCCUUCUGAUACUAUAGAAAAUGUAAAAGCCAAGAUCCAGGAUAAGGAAGGCAUUCCUCCUGAUCAGCAGCGACUGAUUUUUGCGGGGAAGCAGCUAGAAGAUGGACGCACGCUGUCUGACUACAAUAUUCAAAAAGAAUCAACUCUUCACCUGGUGCUGAGACUUCGUGGUGGUGCCAAGAAGAGAAAGAAGAAGUCUUACACUACUCCCAAGAAGAACAAGCAUAAGAGAAAGAAGGUUAAGCUUGCAGUGCUGAAGUAUUACAAGGUCGAUGAGAAUGGCAAGAUCAGUCGUCUGCGCCGGGAGUGCCCCUCUGAGGAGUGUGGAGCUGGAGUCUUCAUGGCCAGUCACUUUGACAGACACUAUUGUGGCAAGUGCUGUCUGACAUACUGCUUCAAUAAACCAGAAGACAAGUAAAUGUACUAGACAAUAAAAAUCUGAAGUUCUGUACA